AUGAAUCUUCACUUUUCUAGUAGCUAUACUUCUGAAAAUUUGAGUACAGAAUUGGGCAUAACAUUUGUUGAUAAACCAUUUGAAAUUUCAUAUCAAUAUGCUGAAACAAUAGCUAAUCAAAUAGCAUUAGCUAAUGGUCAACCAAAAAUCGAGAGAGUUUAUUUUAUUGGAGAUAAUCCAGAUGUUGCUAUUAUUGGUGCAAAUAUGUAUAAUCAUUUACUACCACAAGAAAUAAAUUUAAGAACAAGUAUUAGUUGUUAUAAUUUAUUAACAGAUUCAAAAUAUUUAAGUGCAACAUCAUGUGAAUCAAUUUUAGUAUGUACAGGUGUUUAUGAACCAAAUAAACAAAAACUUGAUUGCAAAAAUCCAUGGAAAUUACCAACAACAAUUAAACUUGACGUUUUUGAAGCUGUUAAAUACAUCAUUUUGAAAGAAUCAUGGCCAUGGAUUGUUAAUUGUUAG